AUGAAAUUAAUUAGUGUUUUAUUCUUUUUAAUUUUCAAUUCGAUAUUAUGGAGUUUAAUUAAUUCUGUUAAAAAUAAUAAAAAUAAAGACGAGUUAAUUAGAGUUGAGGAAACUUUAAAGAAUUUAAAUGAAAUAUUAAAUAACGGGGCUGAAUCAUCGUCUGCUGCUCAAAAUCAAAAAUAUGAAGAAACGUUAAAACCUAAAGCUAAAAUUGCAAAAAUGGAAACUACUAGAAAUAAUGAAGAAGAAAGAGGGAUUUAUAGAAACGAAUAUAUGAAGGAUUACUAUCAGAAGAAUAAGGAAAGGUUUAGUGAAUAUCGGCGAAAAAAUAAAGAAAAACGACGUCAAACCGCAAAAAAAUAUUAUCAAAAAAAUAAAAAAAGGAUAAUCGAAAAGAAUACAGAAAAUAAGAAAAAAUACCGAUUAAGAAAGAAAAUUGAAAAAGAAUCACAACAAAAUGAUAAAUCAAUUGUAGAAAACGUUAAUUUUGAUAAUAAUAAAGGAACUUCUUUUGUUAAUCCACAAAAUAAUGACUGUGAAAAUAAAGGAAAAGAGCUGACAGUUUCCAAAGAGAACGUUCAGUUAGAUCAAGGAAAUAUUUGUUGUGUCCGAUAUUUAAGAAAAUUUAAAAUUAUAUUUAUUUAA